GCCCUUCCUUCUUCCAUGAUGAUAGUAGCUGUCUACUGCCCGGUGAUAGCAGCUCUCUUUAUCGUUUUGAAGAUGGUGAAUUACCGUUUGCACAGGGCACUGGAUGAGGGAGAAAUUGUGGAGAGAAAUGCCAGUGAGCAUAUGGACAGAGGUGCAAAAACAGAACAAAGCAAUGUUUCAGCCAAGAGGAAAGACAGCAAUGGGCCCAGUGACCCUGGUGGAGGGAUUGAGAUGUCAGAGUUCAUACGAGAAGCAACCCCCCCUGUUGGCUGUAGUUCACGCAAUUCUUAUGCUGGAGUAGAUCCAAACAACCAGGUUGGAUCUGGAUUAUCUCGUCUGGGAACAACAGCAAACAUCAAAGGAGAUACUGACACUGCCAAGACCUCUGAUGAUAUCAGUUUAAGUCUUGGCCGGAGUUCUAGCCUGUGUAAAGAAGGGAGUGAAGAACAAGAUUUGGCAACUGAUCGGAAGCUUUUUCAUCUGGUGUCGAAUGACUCGUUUGUCUCCAUCCAACCUUCGUUAUCCUCUGGACAGGAUUUGUCAAGAGACAACAGUGACAAAGUGUGCCUCUCGAACAACCAGCUUGUGGACCAGUCUAAAACCAGUGCAUGUGACACAGAAGUAGCUUCGCUUGUAACUCUGCAUUCUCACUCCUAUAGGAAGGAUCAUAGACCACGAGGUGUACCAAGGACUUCUAGCUCUGCUGUCGCCUUUCCAGAUGCUUCACUAAAUGACUUCCCUCUCUACCAGCAAAGACGAGGACUAGAUCCUGUCAGUGAGUUAGAAGCUUCCAAGCCCCCUUCUGGAUCCAGAGAGUCCUUGCCUGAGAACUCUUGCAUUUCAGGAGUUUUUCAAUUAGAUGACAUUCUGAAAAGUAGUAGCCCUCAACCAUUGGCUAAGAGUGGGAAGAGCAAGUCCUUGAAAGCAGACAAAAGUGUGGACAGUCUGAGAAGCCUGAGUACUAGAAGCAGUGGUUCAACAGAAAGCUACUGCAGUGGGACUGAUCGUGAUACUAACAGUACCAUCAGUAGCUAUAAAAGUGAACAUACUAGCUCAACACAUAUAGAAAGUGUGUUGUCGGAGCAUGAGGAGGAGUCUCCUAGAGAAGAGAAAAAGGAUGGUAAGAAAAAGGACUGUGAUGUUGACUCAGAGAAUGACAGUAGUUCUACUACUGACAAAAGGACUAGUAGUGAAAGGACUGCCGUGGAAGUGAGCACUGACAAGGGUGUUCAAGAGGUAAAGGGUUCUAAUGCAUCUGAUGAGAUGCACAGUCAGAAAAGUCCUGUUGCCUCUGCUUCAGAAGAGGCCAAUAAGAAUCCACAUGCCAAUGAAUUGACUACACAAGCUGACAGGCCACCUGGCAAGACUGCUGAACAAAGAGAUGAGCAGAGUGAGAAACUAACUGUGUUAGUAGAUUCAAAAGCUUCUAAAGAAACAAGUGGAAAACAAAAAGAAGGAGAUGUUCGACCAAAAUCUUCUAGUUUAAUACAUCGAACAGCCUCUGCCCACAAGUCCAGCAGGAGAAGGACAGGAAAAAAACGGGCUAGUAGUUUUGAUUCAAGUCGACACAGAGAAUAUGUUUCCUUCCGAGGUGUAUCUGGUACUAAACCUCACAGUGCUGUGUUUUGUCAUGAUGAGGACUCCAGUGAUCAAAGUGACUUGAGCAGGACAUCGAGCAUGCAGUCAGCUCACCAGUUCAGCAGUGAUAGUUCUUCCAGCACCACCUCCCAUUCAUGCCAGUCUCCUGAAGGAAAGUACAGUGCUCUAAAGACCAAAUAUGUUUCUAAAGAACGUGGGGGCACGGACUCUGAAAAUGCUCACAAAGCCCAUGUAAGCUCUGAAGGAAUUAGCAAAAAACGAUCUACACGUCGGACUUCUAGCACAAACAGUGCCAAGAAUCGUGCCAGGGUAUUAAGCCUAGACAGUGGUACAGUAGCUUGUUUAAAUGACCCAAACAGUUUAAUGGCACCAGGUAACAUAAAACAGUUAACUACUUCAAAAUCUGAUUUGGAAGCCAAAGAAGGAGAGGUGCUAGAUGAGCUAUCUCUGUUGGGAAGGGCUUCACACUUAGAGUCAGUCACUCGUUCUAGAAAUAGCUUGCCAAGCCAGGCUAUGUUUCCUGAAGGGGAAGAGCAAGAAUCGGCAAGUGGAGUCUGUCUUGAUGCAGCAGCACAAGCCAGCGAGGAGACUGUCACAUUUCGCCGUGAACGCAGCACAUUUAGGCGUCAGGCAGUACGACGCCGGCACAAUGCAGGGAGUAACCCUACCCCUCCUACAUUGCUCAUCGGAUCACCCCUCAGCCUUCAAGAUGGUCAGCAAGGCCAGCAGCCCUCCUUGCAGGUCAGAGGGCAGUCCCGCCCCCCUCCCCAGGCAGCUGUGCUCAGCGCUAGCGCCUCCUUGCUGGUGAGAAAUGGGAGUGUCCACUUAGAAGCACCACAUGCCACUGCAUCUGCUGUAGGCGGUAGCAGUUUGCACGAUGAACUUGGUAUGCAGGCCUUAUGUAAACUUGGUGACAUGGAAGUGUUUAUGCGGCAGAUAUGUCGGUAA